ACAAUCUUGUUUCUUUUCUUUUUCCUAUGAUACAUUGAAAAAAAAAUUAAUCUUCUUAAUACGUUCCUAAGUUACAUAACUUAAGUCUGUUUGGAGAAGAAACUCCAUAUCCUUGAGUAUGUCUUUCCCGAUUAGCAAAUUUUCUUCGUCCGUUCGCCAGAAAAUCUACACAUUUAUUUGUCUCCCUCGUAAGUAAUAGUAGCGUUGCCCCCAAUAAAAUAACGUACAUUAUGUUGAUCAACAUUGAUGUUAUAACUAAUCUUGAACAAAAUACAUAAAGCUCAUCAGCAUUUUCUUUAAAGUUUAACCAUGUGAAGUUAUAUUUGUCACUGCCAUUUAAUUAAUUAAAACAAUACUGGACGUAGAAGUCCUCAAAUUGAAGCAAUGUAUAGAUGCCUUCUCUUUCCAAAGAAAAAGUUUAAAAGAGUUUAGAGUAUGCACACUGUCAGUAUAAGAGAUUUUUACACUAUCGAAGUUCCAUUUACAUAUUGUAGCAGGUUACCUGUCUUAUUUUCAAGAUUACAAAUCUCACAUUUUAAGAAAGAUUACCUAUAAAUAUCCUUUUAAUCAUGAUCUGAUAGUGUAAAAAAUACAUUAUGCUAGUGAUGUACAUAACCUUAAACUCAAAACAACAUUAAAUAUUCUAAAGAAGUAAAAAUUAAAAAGAAAAAGAGGCAAAAAGAAAGCACACAAGCACUUAUCUCCUUAAGGGGAAUGUUCUCUCUACUAGGACAAUUUGUUCUUUAAAAUCCUCGAGUCCUUGUCCAUAAUUGGUCAUCCAAUUUCUAGUGAUACAAUUCAAAAAUGCUUAGUUCACUUUAUCUUAUCCAUAUUUUGCUCUGCAUAUUUCUCCUCCUUUCUAGCUCUGAUGGAACACAAGUCAUUCUAGUAAACAACUGCAAGGAAAGCAUAUGGCCAGGGAUUCUCGGCGGUGCAGGGCAGACUACUCUAAAAGAUGGCGGGUUUCACCUCAGCAGUGGCGAGCAAAUAGUCCUCGAUGUGCCUGACAAGUGGUCAGGGAGAAUAUGGGCUAGACAGAACUGUCAUUUUGACGAAAAUGGGAAAGGAAAAUGUGAUACUGGCAAUUGUGGUGGCCAGUUACAAUGCCGGGGGCUAGGAGGUGAGCCCCCGGCUACUAUAGUGGAAAUGACACUAGGCUCAUCGACUUCACCCUUACAUUUCUAUGAUGUAAGCUUAGUCGAUGGGUUCAACUUGCCAGUGUCGAUGAAGCCUGUUGGAGGGGGCGCUGGCUGUGGCGUAGCGCAGUGUGAAGUUGAUUUAAACAUAUGUUGUCCAUCAGCAUUGGAAGUGAAAUCUGGAGACAGAGUGGUAGGGUGCAAAAGUGCUUGUUUGGCUAUACAAUCACCAAAGUACUGCUGCACAGGACAAUAUGCAAAUCCCAAAACUUGCAAGCCAACUGUUUUUGCAAAUUUGUUUAAGGCUAUUUGUCCCAAGGCUUAUAGUUAUGCAUUUGAUGAUGCUUCCAGCCUUUACACAUGUAGGGCUCCGCGAUAUCUAGUUACUUUCUGUCCUCCCAAGUGAGAGGUUUAUAUAUAUUGCUAUGUAACCCCCCUGUAACUUAGGACUAUGUUACCAGACCUCCAAAAGUAUUGUUGCACUCGUGCCUGAUCUUCCAAAAAUACAUAACUUUUGGAGGGUCUGAUAAAUACACGGCAGUAUUUUUGAAAAGUCGAGCAACAUAUAUUUAAUUUAGGAUGUGAUGAAGAGUCACUUCCCUGCUAUUAAGGGCCCACUUUCUUGUUAUUUGGCUUUAAUGGAAAAACUAGCUUAAAACA